GUUGAAAAUGGGGGAGAAGCGUGGAACCAAAGCUCUGGAGGUAUGGUGCAAGAGAGUCACUGAGGGAUACCCUGGAGUGAAGGUGGAGAACAUGACAACAUCAUGGCGAGAUGGACUUGCAUUCUGCGCAUUGAUUCACCACUUCAGACCAGACCUCAUUGAUUUUGAAAGCCUGGACAAAAGGGAAGUCUAUCACAACAAUGAACUGGCUUUCAGAAUAGCUGAACGCCAUUUGGGAAUUCCAGCUCUCCUUGAUGCUGAAGACAUGGUGGAAUAUGAAGUCCCAGACAGAUUAUCCAUGCUGACAUACCUGUCUCAGUUUUAUCAGACUUUUGUUGGACAGCAAGGUCACUCUCCCAACUCAAGAACACCUGUCAAGAGAUCCUCAGUUUCGCCAAGCCUGUCAUCUUCUCCAGACUUGUCACCAAACAUGUCGCCCACAUCAACCAGUCCACCCUCUAAGGUGCCGGCGAGGGGUGUGUCUGGGGGAGCCUCUUCGCGCUCAGCACAUGACUCAUGCACACAUUGUGGAUUACCAGUAUUUCUUGCGGAACGGCUCCUUGUGGGAUCCAAAAGAGCACUAUAUCAUCGCACCUGCUUCCGAUGUGCUCGCUGUUCAGCGCAGCUUACACUUGCCAACUGCUAUGAAACAGAAGAUGGUGGCUUUUGCUGUGAAACAUGCCCUGAUGAAGAAACGGACAAGUCAGAUACUUCCAGUCAAGGUACUGAUCGAGUAGAUUUCUCAGAAAGCAAAAGUGAAUCCAUAUGCAGUGCAGAAGUAAGGCAAAAGGUUUUGCAUCGCAAUGUUUCUUUAAGUGAUGAUGAGAAGAGUUCAGAAUCUCAACUUGCAAAAGCAAGUGGUGCAGCAGAUGUGUGCGAUGAUUAUAGUGCCUUGUUUGAAUCUACCAUUGAGAAUUUUGACCGUGGAAAAUCAGCAUCACAGCAGCGUACUGGUAAAACCCCCCUCGCCUCAACAAAUCAAGUGUCCAAUGAUCUCGUAAGCAAAGCUGAUGACUCAGACCAGAAGACUUUGCUAAAUUCAUAUGUAAAUACUGGUGAAACUGCAACCACGCAUUCACUGCACUCCCAGUGUAGUGAUGAGCUUUUACUUUAUCAGUCAACCAAAGAAGACCCAACAUCUUUUGACAAAGUAAUGGAAGACGUCAGGGAUACGUCUGACAGCAUUGCAGAGAAGUUUGAUGACAGGAAUCUUGUUACAAAGGAUAGUGUACAUAAUUUGUCUAAAAGUAGUGACUCUAGUGUUACUCAGCCUUCUGUUAGUGUCAGUACUGAUCUUAUUGAAGUGAAUAACUGUACCAAAGAUUCUAAAAUUUCCAGUGCUGACACCUCAGUUUCUUCUAUAGUGAAGAUGAGGAGAAUGAUGUUUGAAAAUGAUAGUACCAAUUGCACUGUGGGAGUUUCCACAUCUCAGAAAAAGCCAAGUACACCUGCAAACAUUUUUAAGGCAAAAGAUUCAUUUAGUACUCAGAAUAAGGAAUCACAAAUAGAAGAAGAAGAUAGGAAAACUGUUAACAUAGAUAAAAGUGAUGAUACUGAAGACAGUUCAGAAAAUCAGAAAGAUUUAAAUUUAGUCAUUGAAAAGGUAAAAUCUGAGGGGAUAGGUAGCGAAGUAGAUGUUUAUAUUGAAAUGAAGCCUGAGCAGCCAACAAUCACGCGUGAAACCAGUGAAAAGAAGAAUGUUAAGUCCGAAGGUGAAGAAAUAGAAGAAAACUUGUCUAUUGGCAAUAAUUUGGGAGAGCUUUGCCAGACAGAAGAAGAUGUAAAAGACAGACUAGACUCAUCAACUUGUGUUAAGCCCACAAUAAACCCAAGGAAAAUUAUUUCUGCUCCAAAUCAAGUUGUAGAAAUUCAAGUGCAGACUGAGGAAUAUCCUUCUGACCUCAAUCCAUUUGGUGAUGGUGAUGAGGAUCAGGGAAGUCUCCUGGAAUCAACAGUCUCCUCUGGUAUCAAUGUGGCCAAAAAAGAAAGCACUAAUCCUUUUGGAUCAAGUGAGGAAGAAGAGGAAGAACCUGUAAUUCUAAGAAGGAAGUCUAUUGCAGACAAACCACCAAGACCUCCUCCUCCCAAUUUAAAUAAGACUUCAAAUGAUAGUCAAGCAACUAGUUCUACCAAUUUUUCUUCUGUGUCACCAGUGCCAGCUCAGAGGAGAGUCAUUCCUGCUCCAGCUAACUUAAAUCCAUUUUGGAGUGAUGGCGAAGAACCUGAGGAUGAAAAUAGUCCUAUUCCGGUACCCCUACCCAGAACCAUAAGACUAACUCCUGAACCCAGUCCAAGACCAAGAACUACAAUGGCAGGAUCAUCCAGGAUGUUGAGUAGUACUGGGAAGUUUGGAUCUUCGUCAUCUUUAUCAAGCAUGGCAUCAAACACAGGGACCAAUCGAAGGAGCAAGAAGCCUGCCCCAGCACCACCAUCAAUUUCAGGUGGUCCCUCUCGAAAUUCUUCUCAGCCUCCUUCUCCAAAUCUAAGCAUUCGAUCUCCCCAAAAAAGGAAGACAAGACCUGCACCUCAACCACCCUCAUUACAAAGUACCGCUCCAUCAGAUGGUUGUUCCUCUAAAUCUGCUUCUUUAGAUGGACAGAAAAUGCAGAAGGAUGAAGCCAAUCGAAGCAUGCAAGCUGUUGGUAAGGAGGAGUUGACGGUGGUUAGAGACAAAAGCACAUUUGGACAAUGGAAGAGAAAGAAAGGACCAGCCCCUCCUAGACCUAUGCCUCAAAGGCGACAGGUGCGAGCUAUGCCGUUAAAAGAGUUAAAAACAGAGUUAGAUGAUAUUGAGGUCAAACAGCUAGAACUUGAAAGACAAGGUGUGAAAUUAGAAAAGAAUAUCCGUGCCAAGUUUGAUGAAGCUCCACCUAUAGAUGAAUCUAGCAUGACACCAGAUGUAGAAGACUUGGUAAUUCAGCUGUUUGAACUUGUCAAUGAGAAAAAUGAACUUUUUCGCAAGCAGGCAGAACUUAUGUACUUGAGGCGGCAACAGCGUUUGGAAGAGGAGCAUGCUGAGCUUGAAUAUGAAAUAAGAUGCCUAAUGGAACAACCAGAACGUAAUAAAACAGACAUGAUGAAAGCGAGAGAGGAGGAACUUAUUCAUAGAUUGGUUGAGGUUGUUGAGCGAAGAAAUGAGAUUAUAGAGUGCCUUGAAAUGGACCGUAAAAGAGAGGCUGAAGAAGAUAAAAGCAUUCACACUCGCCUUGGUUUGUUUGCAGCAAAAGCAGGUAAAGGUUCUGAAGAAACAUCGCCUUCAAAAUCAAAAAAGGAUAAAAAGAAGAAGAAAGAGAAGGACAGUAAAAAGAAAAAGGAUGUUAAAGUAGAUGCUGAUAAGGACAUUGAUGAGGUAGAGGCUGCAGCAGUUAUGGCAGCUAAAGAAAAGAAAAGCAGAAGAAAGUGGUUUUAAAUUAAUUAAUAACCUUCCAGUGGCUGAUGGUAAAUUAAUGCUGUAGCCUUCACAUUUUUAUUGACUGUGUAUCUGGAAUUUGAUUUGCCUUCUUCAUUCUGUGUUCUGGUUCUACAAGGAGAAAUCUAGUCCCAAUAUGCUCAGAACUAUUGAAUUCAUCUAUACUGUACCUUAUCCCCUGUUCUAAGUCUAUGAAAAAAAAUAGAUUUGUUAAAAAUAAAAAUUGCCAUAAGUUGAAAUUAAAGUAUUUGAGGUGUAAUCAACAUAUUUUGAACCCAGAGUCUAAUGGGUUGCCAAAAUUGAGUAUUUAAAUGAGUCUCCUGUUCUCAAUCCUUAAUUUUGCCUCAGAUUUGUCUCAGAACUUAGCUCCUAUUGUAAAUAUCAGCAUUUUGUUACUUUAAAAAUAAUAAUGUCAAGUAGUGUUAAAUUGUUUUAUACUCUUGUGUUGAUUAUACUCUAAGUAGUAGUAUCUAGUGAGUAGAAGAGGUCAACAUAUUGUUACAAGCCAAAAGACUGAAUUGGUAAAAAAUAUCUUUACCAAUAUGUUAAAAUGUAUAUUUGAAGCAAUAUUAAAAGUUAGUUAACAAUCCAAA